UAGAGUAUCAACUUACUGCACAUUCAGAUUGUGAUUGUAGGUGCAAGAUCGCAGUGAAGCGCGCGGUUGUUUCUCUUGGUUACAGAAUGGCUCAUCCUGUGGUUGAACCUCCUAAAUAUGUCACUGCCUCGCGUGUGAAAGAAGUUCUAAAGUAUGAGGAUCUCAUUCCCGUUCUUGAAGAGGCUUUGGUAAAUUUUUCCGCUCGCGAGGGCGGUGGAGUUGUUCAGCCCGUGCGCACAGCCGUGCAAAUGGAAGAUCGCGGAUUUCUUCUUGUCAUGCCCGCAUAUUCAGCUAAGGACAGUGCUCUUGCUGUCAAACUGGUCACAGGCUUUCCAGAAAAUGAGAAACAGGGCCUCCCUUCAUUCAUUGCCAAUGUUAUGGUCCUUGACCCCAGAAAUGGUUUGCCACAAGCAAUUGUGGAUGGUAUUGUAAUCACAGACAUGCGGACUGCAGCUGCCUCGGCAGUUGCAACCAAGUACCUUGCCCCUGAGGAUGCAAGAGUGUUGUGUAUCCUGGGAUCUGGUGCUCAGGCAAGAAGUCAUGUCCAGGCACUUCAGCAUGUGAGACCUUUCACUGAGGUCAGGAUAUGGAGUAGAACCUUUGCCAAUGCACAAAAGCUGGCUAAUGAGGUUGGUGCGAAAGCUUGUGCAACAGUCGAAGAGGCAGCAUCAGGUGCUGAUGUUAUAGUGACUGUAACGUUAGCAACAAGUCCGAUUCUAUGUGGAAAGUGGGUCAAGUCUGGUGCCUUAAUAAACUCUGUUGGUGCACCUCGGCCAACAUGGAGGGAGUUAGAUGAUGAGGUAAUGCACAACAGUUUUAUAGUGGCAGACAGUAGUGAAGCAGCUAUGAAGGAAGCUGGAGAUGUGAUUCUUUCCAAGGCAACAGUGUCUGGAGAGAUUGGUGAUGUGAUUUCAGGAAAACUGGCUGUUCCCGAAGGAAAAACAAUCAUCUUCAAAUCUCUAGGCAUGGCUGUGGAAGAUGUUGUAUCUGCUAAGUUGGUGUUGAGCAAGCUCAAAGAAGGUGGAGCACCUCUCAAUGCACUAUAGCCUGUGAUCAUGGUUUCUUUUUAGGGUGGGGAGAAAAUGUCAUCAGUGCUUAUUCAAUUAAUUUUAGCAACAACAACAAAAGACAUUAUUUUGUUUACUCUCAGGAAGUGAUUAAACCCCCCCCCCCGGGGGGGGGAACCCUAUAAAGUUAUAUGGGGAGGCUCUGCCCAGAGGUCUAACCCCUUACUUUUUUUAUACCAAUUCGGCAGAAAAGGCACCGUUUUUGUAUACCUUGAAAUAAUUAGAGAAAUGUACCCCUUUCACAUACUCUCAUAACUGGCCUGGCCCGUAUUACGAUUAAAACGCCAAGAAAGGAAGGAAGUUUUCGUGUACUACCUACUAAUUUAAAUGAUACUUCCAUAAGGUGUGUCUGUUGGAAAUAUUUUAAUUAAAGUCCCAUUAAAAUGACUAAAUGACAGAUCGCACUACCCCUUCAUAGACCUAAACUUGUGAAUUCCCCACCCUUUGAUAUACCUGAAAAAGGUACCCCCUUCGGGUGGAGCCUCACUGUAUAGACCAUUAUAGGGAGUACCCUCCCCUCGGGAAUUAAGCGCAAGUGCUGAUGGGACUAAGCAUAAAGAUAUUAGAAACAAAUAUGUCCAGUUUAACAUGAAAUGGUUAAAAGUUCCAACUGGGAGGAGGCGAACAAGUUAUCUAUUAACAAACAUGGCCGAGGAAUGGAACUUGGGUCUACUAAGAAACAGUUCUACCUUUUGGUUAGAACAGCACUUGUAUCCGCGAUCUCUGGAUUACAAGUUUGUACGCUUUCUCCGACGAAAAGUUAAUAUAACUUAAAGACGAAGUCUUUAAAAAAUACAGAAAUGAAGAUUAAUAUAACAUUUGAUGAUAUUACAGAAUUGUGUAAAUCUCAUUGACCAAGCACGAAGUUCCUCCGAGUCUUGAACAGUACGAACUCAGUGCAGCGACCAAAGCUGAUAUUCUCCAAGUAUCGUUCCGAGCAAGUUUCGAUUAUGGUUUGGAAAAAUCCGACGGACCGGAAUCAAUUGCACAUUUCUGAUUGAGAGCCAACGUGGAGUUUACUCACGUUUAACGUGUUCAACGAAAACAACAAAAAAAGGAAAGGUGGGCGAAAAAAAAA